AUGAGUCAAUUGAAGCUAGACCACCAUCAAUCUAUUCUACAGAAUUAUUCCCAUCAAUCACCUCAACAAAUCAACUAUCCAAUAGAUAAAUAUACAUCAUUAAUUCAUACUUCACGAUGUUAUACACCUCUCACUUCAACAACUAUCGGUUUAACAAAUCUAAUUCAAAAUGAUGAUAGUAUACCAAAAAAGUCCAGCAGUUCACCUUUCAAUAAUAAUAAUAAUAAUAAUAAUAAUAAUAAUGGUAACAUUAAUAGUAUAAAUAAUAUAAUUAAUGAUAAUAAACCACAAUCUGCAUUCUCGUCGGUAACAAGUACUUUUAAUAAUAAUACUAAUAAUAAUAUAAGUAAGGAUUUCAUUAAUAAUAAUGAUUAUGUAAUGAAAUCUUCUUUUCUAUCAAAUAAAGAACAAUUUUCAUUGAAUAUUACAACAGAUAAUAUAAAUAAAAAUAAAUUUCAAUCUACAAUGUCAAUACCAUUUACAACAAAUCAAUCAACUAAUUAUUAUUUAUCCUUAGCAACAAUAAUGAAUGAUGUUUUAACAAAAAAAUUAAUGGAUACUUAUUUAAAUUCAUUUAAAUAUCCAAGUCAUUUAAAAGAUGAUCAAAGUCAUUUAAAAGAUGAAUAUAAUUCAUUGAAUAUAAUGAAUUCUAUAAAUGAAUUUAAUGAAAUUAAAGAUUUAUCUAUUAAAUCUGAAUAUAUUAAAGAAUAUAGUAAUAUAAUGAAAUUUUAUACUAAAAAAAGUAAUGAAUUCAAUCGUUUAAAUGAUUAUGAACAGAAUACUAUGGAAACUAUAGAUGAUAUGAUGAAAAAUAAUGAUAAUUAUAUGAAAAUGAAUAAUUGUGAUCAGUUUGAACAACAAAAUGAAAUUGUACAUUGUAAUUUAUUACAAUUAAAAGGUUUGUUAUCAUUUAUAACUUUCAUUGUUUUACUGAUUAUAAUUUAG